AUGAGAAAACAUUCUCGUCGUAGGGACGACUGCAAUGAUGACCCGGAUAUUGCAUUACCGUCAACGGAGCACGAGAUCUUAUCCACCAGCAGUCACGAAACCACGCCAAGCACGUCCUCGACUGUCAUGCACGAAAGAGUUACUCAGCAGAUUCAUGAUCAAGACUACGUUCAAGAGCAGCUUGAUGCUGUCCGUGACCUGAGACUAACAUCGCUAAAUAUGUCAGAAACGCCCUUGCAGCGGACAAUCUCGACGCCCUCGAUUCACGUCACUCCAUUGACUCCUGGAAUUGACCGUGGGUCCAGAAAUGAUAGCCUGGUUGCAGAAUUCGAGAAUCUUCAGACAGGGUCCCAUGACACGGCUUCUAUACCAGUGACGUCACGGUCAUGCGAAACUCUCUCUCCUUCUCCGGCCCGUCCUCGUCGCUCUGGAUCUGGUAUUACCCGGAGAAUUCAUCGAGUCGAAGACGAAGAGCCCCCUGCCCACUUGACCCAAGUCGAACAACAUCUUUCUGAUGUCAGAACUCAGGUCUUGAGAAUGGCCCAAGUCUUGUCCAGCUCGAAAUUACAUCUCGAAAAUGGAUCUACCAUCCAGGGCCUUCACCAACAAGCAUUAGACCUGGCAGCCCUACAAUUACCGUCAUCCCGGAUCGUUGGCUUGAUCGGAGAUUCUGGUGUGGGUAAGAGUAGCCUCAUCAAUUCAUUGCUCGACAAGGUGGAUCUGGCUAGAGCGAGCAAUAAUGGUACCGCUUGCACGUCUGCUGUUACAGAAUACAUGUUUCACGAAAGGGACGAUUUUACUAUCCACGUUGACUAUUUCACCUUACACGAGUUGAGGAGACAAUUCGAAGAACUACUAAGAGCACACCGAGACUACCAAUCGCUUCUCAAGGCUCCAAAGAGCAACGGCGGAGAUGAAGAAGGCGAGAGUGGGGGAAAGGCGCUAAGAAGGAAAGCCGAUCUCGCGACGCAAACCUUCCAAGCAAUCUUCAGGGAAAAGCUACACGAGAACCCCAAUGCACUUUCUUCUAUGGAAUUUGAUCGUGCUGUAGGCUUGAUGGUCGACUGGGCGUCAGCGCUGCUGCCUCGAUUGCAAGGCCAGCAAUCAUUCGGCACAAUUGAGCGAUGCUCUGCACGGCUCAGAGAACUAACAUCAGAUUCGAUUGACCCAUCGAACAAUAGUGUAUCACAGACACGAUGGCCAUUCAUCCGAAAGAUUUGUGUGUACCUGAACGCUUAUAUCUUGAGUAAAGGACUCAUCAUAGCGGAUCUUCCAGGACUCCGUGAUCAGAAUUCUGCUCGCAAAGCCAUCACAGAGCGGUACGUUCGCCAAUGCCAUCAAAUCUUUGCCGUCACUCGGAUCGAUCGAGCCAUGACAGAUGAGAGCAUCAAAGAGAUCUUCGAACUGGCACGUCGCGCGAACCUAUCGAAAAUCGACGUGGUUUGCACGAGGUCUGAAGAUGUCCAGAUGCGGGAAGCUAAGCACGACUGGAUAGGAGAAAGAGCAAGAAUUGAGGAACUUCAGAAAAAGAUCCACGAUUAUGGGCUUGAGGUAGAUUCCAAAAGGGAAGAUAUCGAUAAUUUCGAGCGAGACCAGACGAACCUUACUCGGGAAGAGGAACAUGACCUCAGACAACUGGAGCGUGAGUACCGCAAAGCGCAAAGGUCCAAGGAAAAUAAUGAAUUCGAGCUUCGCACUCUGGUCAUCGGAUUACGGAAUGCCAAAGUUUCUGAUGGACUACUGGAGCAAUAUCGAGAGCAUCCAAUUGCUACCACACUCAGAACAUUCUGUGUCAGCAACACAACUUACUGGGACCAUCGUGAGAAGCCCACCUUGGCGUCGAUUCCUUAUCUCGUCGAGAGCGGUAUCAUAGGGCUUCGAAAGUACUGCAUUGGAAUUGUCGCGGACAGUCGGCUUCGUGUCAGCGUAGAAGUCAUCAAGGUUAAAGUACCUGCAUUUCUUGGGUCCGUGAAGCUUUGGGUUGAGGCUGGAUCCAGCAGUUGGUAUCAUUCGUCGUACAAAGCUUUCUGCUCCAACUAUGGAGACUACUCCACCGGUGCUAUAGGUUACCGUUGUUGGAAUGAAGAGGCAAUACACCACAUGAAGACUGAUAUGGUGAAUGUCUGGACUAAUCUCGCGUUGGACCUGGAAGUGCGUGUGCAGGACCUGCUUGGCGCAAUUGCAGAUGCCUUUGAAAAUGUCCUGGGCAUUGUUUCGUCUCAAGACGAGGCUGACUCGAAUGUUGCGAAUAUUCCUCGACCAGUAGUACAAACGUUGUUCGAGACACUGAACCAUCGCAAAGACCUCGCACUCUACGGUACUGAAGAUGCGAUCGAAGAGUUUCACGAUAAGCUUCUCGAACUCAAAACAGAUGCAUUGGCCCCCGUCCAAACAGCCUUCAUAGGCAGGUACAUGCAAGAUACAUAUCACGCAGCAAACAUGGAAUAUGGCUCUGGCAGCGACCGCCGUCGCAAAACUCUAAUGACAGGAGCAUUUGGCUCUGUGCACAUGUUCAACGAUCAAAGGAGAGCUUGCAAGGCAGAUUUUAGAGACAUCGCUUGUUCCUUGCAAAAGAAGGUCAAUGAAAGUAUAAGACAGCAGGUUCAGCUUAUAGAAGCAGACCUACAGAUACUCAAGGAUGGAAACACAGUAUUGGAAAGCGAACGAGACCCAGACUUUAGAAGCCGAGUGGAAGCCGAGUUGAAGUUAGUAAAGGAAAAGGUAGAUGGAGCUCGUAGCGCUGUUCAUGUUCUAGGGAUGUAA